AUGCCAUCUCGCACGUUGCCUACCUUCCCGCAGGCAGACGUCGCAUCACAUAAUACCGACAAGUCCUGCUAUGUCACCAUCGGCACCAAAGUCUACGAUGUCACAGACUUCUUGGACAGCCAUCCGGGCGGAUCCGACUUGAUUCUGCAGUAUGGCGGAAUGGACGUCAAGGAAGCGAUGGAGGACCCAAUCAGCCACACGCACAGUGAAGCAGCAUGGGACAUACUGGACGACAGCUUAGUGGGUUUCAUGGCGACGAACAAAGUCAUCGAUGCAGCUAUGCGGAGUGAGGAUCCCUUCACCGUCCUCCCAAUGGAGCCAACGGGGAAAGGAAUGACGGAACUUCAGAAGACGAACCCAGGCGCAUACUCCGAUGUCAACGCGCGAGCUGCCGCCACAACAGCAGGUCCCGAGGCCGAAAACCCCAACAAAGCCGUCUACGAAAGCACCGGCAUGUCCUCGGCCGAAGACCUGAGCAGAGAAACCGACGCACGCGCCGACUACACCCGCCACAAAUUCCUCGACCUCGACCGUCCGCUCCUAAUGCAAGUCUGGAACGGCGGCUUCAGCAAACAAUUCUACCUCGAACAAGUCCACCGCCCACGCCACUACAAAGGCGGCGCCUCCGCGCCCCUCUUCGGCAACUUUCUUGAACCCUUAUCCAAAACCCCCUGGUGGGUUGUCCCCACCAUCUGGCUCCCAGCCAUAACCUACGGCACCCUCCUCGCAUCGCAACACCUCAGCCUCGCCUCCACAACAGGCUACUGGAUCUUCGGCCUCUGCUUCUGGACUUUAAUCGAAUACGUCCUACACCGCUUCCUCUUCCACCUCGACGCCUGGCUCCCCGAUAACAGAGCAGCGCUAACCGCCCACUUCCUCCUUCACGGCAUCCACCACUACCUCCCCAUGGACCGCCUCCGGCUCGUCAUGCCCCCGACCUUAUUCCUCGCCCUCGCCACCCCCUUCUGGUCCUUCGCCCACGCCGUCAUCUUCUACAAUUGGCACGCGGCUGUGGCCGCCUACUGCGGUGGCGUGUUCGGUUUGCCCCUGUGGUAUCGCGAGUUGAAGAAGUAUCAUAUGCAGCAUCAUUUCAUGGAUUAUGAGAAUGGGUUUGGGGUGACGUCGAGGUUUUGGGAUCGCGUGUUUGGCACCGAGUUGCCGCCGCCGCCCAUGCCGAAGGUGUUGAAGACGACGUGA